AUGGAGGCGGUGGUGAAGACAAUGGUUGGGCAUUCGGUGACAAAGGCGGUUCGGUUGUUGGUGAUUGCGCGUUUGGUGGCGGCACCAGUGGUGGUGACAUGGGAUUACAAAUACAAGGUGGUGGUGGAGGGCAUUGGACAAAAGAUGGUUCAGGGUUAUAACCGUUACUGGCUUCAACGAAGUUAA